GCGCCUUAAGUCUAGUACGUAACGCGCUUGCGUCAAUGUUUUCUAAGGCCCACUGCUAGCCAGCGUGCUAACCGAAUCCGGAACGUUACAAAGAUUUCUUUAAUUUAUCGGAUUGUAGUCGCUGCUUUUUAAUAUCCUGGUACUCCAGCAGAGUUGGGGUCCAAUUUACCAAAAAUGUCCUUCCCACCUCAUUUAAAUCGGCCGCUGUUGCCCCCUCCUGGGAUUCCACCUCAAUAUGCUGGCUUCCCCUCAGGUGCUCCAAUGAUCCCAGUUCACAUGGGCAUCAUGACGCCAACCCCAGUGAUGGUGUCUUCUGUGCCAGUUCUCAGCAAACCUCCAGUUCCUAAGAAAGACCUCUCUGCUCUACAUGCCAAAGACGAUGAGAGCAGUGGCCCCACUACCACAGUGUUUGUGGGGAACAUCUCAGAGAAAGCUUCAGACAUGCUGAUCAGGCAGCUGCUGGCGAAAUGUGGCAUUGUUCUAAGCUGGAAGAGAGUCCAGGGAGCUUCUGGAAAGCUUCAAGCUUUUGGGUUUUGUGAGUAUAAAGAGCCAGAGUCCACGUUGCGAGCGCUGCGACUGCUACAUGAUCUGCAGAUUGGAGACAAAAACCUGUUAGUAAAGGUAGAUGCCAAGACAAAGGCCCAGCUUGAUGAAUGGAAAGCCAAGAAGAAGACUACAAAUGGGGAAAAAAAGGCUGAAGAUGGAGGAGACGAGGAGGAGGAGGUUCUAGACGAGGAGACCAAGAAGAAGGAUCAGAUCAUUAAAGGUGCUAUUGAUGGGUUGAUGCGGGAAUAUGCGGCUGAACUCAAUGCACCUUCACAGGAUGAGGACUCCCGACGACAAAAAAGAAAGAAAGAGAAAAAAGAAGAGGAUGACAUUAACACUAUUGAUAUGGAGGAGGACAAGAGAGACCUGAUUUCCAGAGAAAUUAGCAAAUUUCGUGAUACUCACAAGAAACUGGAAGAGGAGAAGGACAAAAGGGAGAAAGAGAGGCUUGAGUUCGAGCGAGAGCGAAGAGAACGGGAAAAGGAGAGAGAGCGCGAAAGGGAGCGGCGGGACCGUGAGAGGGAGAAGGAACGGGAGAGAGAGCGGGAGCGGGAACGCGAGCGGGAACGGGAGCGAGACCGGGACAAAGAUAGAGAUCGCAGAACCAGAGAAAAAGAGCGAGAGAGAGAAUGGGAGAGGGAUGAAAGCCAUGACAGGAACAACGACCGCAGCCGAUCCAGAGAAGUGAGCCGAGACCGAGAAAAGAAGAGGGAUCAAGAGGAUGAAGAGGAUGCGUAUGAGCGUAGGAAACUGGAGAGAAAACUCAGAGACAAGGAAGCAGCCUAUCAAGAGCGACUGAAAAACUGGGAGCUCAGGGAGAGGAAGAAGGCUCGGGAUUACGCUAAAGAGAGCGAGAGGGAAGAUGAGCGCCGCCGGGAAAUGGCAAAAGAGGGCAAACGACUGAAAGAGUUUCUUGAAGACUAUGAUGAUGACAGAGAUGAUCCAAAAUAUUACAGGGGCAGUGCGCUGCAGAAGCGACUCAGAGACCGAGAGAAGGAGAUGGAGGCGGACGAGCGUGACAGGAAGAGAGAGAAGGAGGAGCUGGAGGAAAUCAGACAGAGGCUGUUAGACGAGGGACAUCCAGACCCAGACGCAGAGCUACGCAGGAUGGAGGAGGAAGAGGAGGAGCGUCUGAGACGGCCACCCAUUAUACCAGAACCAGAACCUGAGCCUGUGCGUGUGCCUGUGCGUGUGCCUGAGGAGCAACGGGAACACCGCGAACACCGCAGGGGUUCACGCGACCACCGGGAUCGCCAGGUGGAGCCGGCACGCCCACGGCCCAUCCCCUCAGAUGACGAGGUGGAGGAGGGUGAGGAGGAGGAUUAUGAGAAUGACGAGGAGAACCCUGACGUAAAACCAUGCCUGAAGCCCACAAUGAGGCCGAUCACAGCUGCACCCUCAGUGUCCUCUGCCAGUGGCAACGUGUCUCCCAACACACCAGGAGAAGAGUCUCCCUGUGGCAUCAUCAUCCCCCAUGAAAACUCACCUCCUGACGCCCUGCCACAGGACGAAAACCGGCCAAAGAUCGGCCUCAGUCUCAAAUUAGGAGCCACAGGGAGCCCCAGCCAACCCAACGCAGGGAAACGGAAGAAGUUGCCUGUGGACAGCAUCUUUAACAAGUUUGACGACGAGGAGGCCGACGAGCAGCCCCGAAAGAGGAGACUGGUGCCUCUGGAUUACGACGAUGAUAAGAGCCUCGGGGUGGACGGGGCCGGGCUUUCCAGCAUCAAAGGAGCAAACACAGAGGAGAAGCGCAAACACAUCAAGACUUUGAUUGAAAAGAUUCCCACAGGAAAGCCUGAGCUCUUCUCUUACCCGCUGGACUGGUCUAUGGUUGACACGACGUUAAUGGAGCGACGUGUCCGUCCCUGGAUCAAUAAAAAGAUUAUAGAGUACAUCGGUGAGGAAGAAGCGACAUUAGUGGACUUUGUCUGCUCCAAGGUGAUGGCUCACAGUAUGCCACAGAGUAUCUUAGACGACGUUGCCAUGGUGCUUGAUGAAGAAGCUGAAGUUUUCAUUGUGAAGAUGUGGCGGCUACUCAUUUAUGAAACCGAGGCGAAGAAGAUUGGACUGGUCAAAUAAGUACAACCUCUGAAUGAAGAAACUUCCCCCUACAGUGUAUAAUAGUGUAGCGCCAUUACGUGACCCUAAACAAUUACAAGUGUAACUGCUGAUUUAGCCCGAUCUCAUUUUGUUCAGGUUCUGUUUUUCUCCAGACAGGCUAUGAUCACCACCUCUGUUUGCAGACUGUGCUGGUGUGCGUUUGUGUAAAUACAGUACAUCGUUGACUGAAGUCUUCUGAGACGACGCUACUGGCCAAUACAGAGGCAUGGUCUUAAUGCUACUUCUUUGCUCAGAGCCGAGACACACUUUUUGCAGAAGUCCUACCAGGAGGUGAUGUAACGGCCUAAACAACUAGUAUUUGAAGUGUGGGUUGUUACAGGCACAGUUCAAAGUAUGCACAUUAUCAAGAAUGUGAUUUUUUACAGGGUUAUUUAUUCAGGGCCUCCAAUUUUCUGUUUUUUAAUUUUUCCAGUUUCUUCUGUUGAGUAAACAGACUUCUUAUUUGAUUGUCACAUUCCUGAUGAAUGAUGUUCUUGUUAUCAAACUUAGUCUUUUGAAACGUGUCUGACAAUACCACCGACUGUAAAAGGCAUCAAAGCACACGUCGUGACCACUAAAGGAAAACAAGCUAACGGGAAAGAUUCAAAUUAAGAUGCUGUCAUUUGUUUUUGUAUCAGUGAACAUUUGAAUAAAAUGAGCUUUUAUAAAA